AUGCGCGUGCGGCACGUUUGGGAGCUCCCCACAUUUUACUAUUAUGCGGUAGUCGUCAACCGCGUGGCGUCGCUCCAGGAGGAGGAAGAGUCCAAGGCCCACGCGCCCGAGAGUGGCACGGGCCGCUACGGUCAGCGCCCAUCAUACGCCGCAGCCGUCAAUGGCGUCAAGCAACGGGCGGCGCAAGCAUUGCGCCACACGUUCGUGCGCCUACUGCCCGAGCCCGCGGCGCUGCGGGAAAUCAUUGAACGCAACACCACGAUGUUCGCCAGCUUCACGCCUCAAGAAGAAGCACUUGCCGGUCCAGCUCGGGGCCGCGAAAGUGCCCGCGUGCCUCAAGGGGACGAAGAGUUUGCUGACUACUCGAACCACGAGAUCACGGACGAGUUCUUCUCGGUCAUCAACAGCGACGUGUGGAUGAUCAACAAGACCAACGACGGAUCGCUUGUGUUUUCGACAAUGGACCACGAGACGCUCUCGGAGAUGCUCAACAAAUCCGUCGAGCUCUUCGGUGAGACGUACACGUUCACGGCCUCGGCGGAUCAAGAGCGCGCUGCCCUUGAGCCAAACGGGCACUUUCGCGGCCACUGGCUGGAUCGGCAAGUGCGUCUUGAUGAGGGCCAGGCGCUCGUCGAAGCUCGCGUAGACCGACUUGUUACGUUCGAUGAGCUCGCGGAUCGCCGCGGGCUCGGGCAGUAG